AUGGCGACUGCUGCAGAGCAGUGGGUACUUGUGGAGAUGGUGCAGGCGCUAUACGAGGCUCCUGCUUAUCAUCUUAUUUUGGAAGGCAUUCUAAUUCUCUGGAUAAUUAGACUUCUUUUCUCUAAAACUUACAAAUUACAAGAACGCUCUGAUCUCACAGUUAAGGAAAAGGAAGAAUUGAUUGAAGAGUGGCAACCUGAACCUCUUGUUCCUCCUGUCUCCAAAGAUCAUCCUGCUUUGAACUACAAUGUUGUUUCAGGGUAA